CCGAAGCAUGCGGUAGUGACGAUAGAAGCCAAAUUGGGUUCAAACCUGCUUCAAACAAACCUUCCUCAGAGCCUAAGAUACAGCAUUACCUGUAUCCUUCCAGUGUAGAUUUGUUGUUUGAAUACUUUUUGCUCUACGAGGAGCUUUCAUAACGAUGAAGAAACCUCAGCUAUAUACUUCGGAUUACCUUAAUCUGCUCUAUGCAGUUUCCAGGGGGCUGGCGUCUCUGACCUGGGCUGCAUCAACAGGAUGGGCUCGAGGCGACGCAUAUCCCCCGGAGUACGGAAAGCAUGUGGUAUACGCGGCAGUUCGGCAGAUCUUCGAGCUCGUGACAGUGCCUCAGACUCAAGCCAUCGGCGAGACAACCGGCGAGGCGUAUCUGAGCUGGUGCAAGAAGCACAAGAUCGAGCCUUCGACCGUCGAUUUGGACGAGGGUGGACGUGGAUUAUUUGUGGGGCCAGCAUCUGCACGCAACACGAUAUUGUAUUUUCAUGGUGGAGGAUACAAUCUUGGUGCCACGCCUGCGCACUUUGACCUCCUACUCAGCGUGGUAAACAAGGCCAAGGAGAAUGGCUCGGACCUGCGCGCCAUGGUGUUGGAAUAUGAACUGGCUCCUCAUGGCAUUUACCCUUUGCAGCUCAAGCAAGCUGUCGCUGCGCUGAAGUAUUUGCUGGAUGCAGGUGUCCAGCCCUCGCAGAUCUUGAUAGCUGGUGACUCGGCCGGAGGAAACCUGACGGCCGGUCUCCUCGGACAUCUCUCCCAUCCACAUGCAUCUUUGCCAGAAGUAUCACUGUCAGGGGACCUUGGCGGCGCGUUCUUCUAUUCUCCGUGGGUGAGCUUUGUUACGACCAGCGAUUCUUUCAAAAGAAAUAUCAAGAAGGAUGCAUUGAGUAUCCGCGCUUUGGCGGCUUGGUCGAGAAACUUCAUGGGUGCAGGGAAGAAUCUUCCGGACAAUUACAACACGCCAAAGGAUGCACCAGCCGAGUGGUGGAAGGACCUCAAAGUCAAUGACAAGGAUAUUGCCAUUACGGCAGGCGCGAAUGAAGUGCUUGUGGAUGGGAUCCGUGAAUUUGCUGAUCAUGUGAAGGUGCACAAUCCCAACCUUGAAUAUGUUGAGUUCCCGAAUGAAGGUCACGAUGCAUAUACCAUGGAUAGGGCAUUUGGAUUGACGGGACCGUUGCGGAGUGAGGAUUUUGCCAGGGAGUGGUUGUUGGCGAGAGUAAAAGCAACAGCAACAGUCGCCCCAAAAACCGCCUCCAAUACCGCCAUGUUGUCAGCAGGAGCUAUGGCCGUGGAAUAGGGAAAGUGUGGUUAUCAUGAGGUUGUGAGAUUGUGCUUACAAGAAUUUCCUGAAUAACGGCUUAGUCACGCAUUGCAUAUUCACGCUCACGCCAUGACACUGCUGCUUCACAUACGUGGUCAUUUUGGGAUUGUUGAUACAUAUUGGUACAAGUCUGCGUGCUAUGACAGAU